AUGACUAACACAAGACGUGAACGCGCAAUUGCCCUUCGUCCUGUUGAGAUUACCAAUCAGCAGCUUAUGGAAAUACUUUCUACUGUGAGAGCUGAUAUGUCUACCGUAAAAGGACAGAUCGGCAAUGUUGAGCAAACUCUGACCAACAUGAAUGGCAGAAUUGGCGUUCUUGCCACCACCAGCACCAACACCAUCAGUGCCAUAGAUAGUUUGGCCAGAACUCCCCUUGCUGCUCCUGGAGAGCCGAACUCACU